AUGAAAGUCGCUUUCCACGCUUACGAAAUCCGCCUUCCGAACCAAGAAACAUCCAUUCACUCCACUCGAUCAGCCUCUCGCGCUCGUGCGGUUCCACGCUACUCGCAUCUCCACCCCGACCCACGGCGGUGGCACCGUUCCCUCCCACGGACAUGUGGGCCCUCAACACGAAGGCGCGGCCCGGCGGUGAGGCCGCUCGUGGCGGUGCGCGCGUCGGGGAGGAGAGGCGAGGGCGGGGCCGCCGGCGGCGGCGGCGACGAGGAAGCCGAGAGCAAGGCAUCCUCUUUCGGAAGUGGCGAUGCAUCUGUUCCAACAGGAGAUAGCUCCGAUGGAUUGAACAAACCACCUGAUGAAUCAAAAUCUACUGAGCCAAUUAAUAUUUCGAACAGCAAUUACUGGAGAGAUGUCAGAGCGAACCUUGUGCGUCGGGAACAGGAGCUAUUAGUAGAUCCAAGUGUUCCUGCAGAGUCAAAGGCAUCCUUCGGAGAAGCAGCACACCAGCUUCCUCAGAAGUGGGCUCACCCUAUUACAAUGCCGGAGGCAGGGUGUGUGUUGGUAGCUACUGAGGUGCUGGAUGACGACAGCGUCUUCGAAAGAACUGUUAUUCUCCUGCUCAGACUUGGGUCGAGAGGUACCUUUGAUGGCCCAUUUGGGGUCAUCCUAAACCGUCCACUUUACACGAAGAUCAAGAAUGUGAAUCCAUCAUCAUUCCAAGACCAAACAACCCCUUUCGGCGACUGCGCCCUCUUCUUCGGAGGCCCCGUCGACAUGAGCAUGUUCUUGGUACGUACUAAAGACAGCUCACGUCUGAAGGGGUUUGAGGAGGUGAUACCAGGCAUCUGCUUCGGCUUUCGAACAGAGCUGGAGAAGGCUGGUGUUCUGAUGAAGAGUGGUGCGAUCAAGACCGAGGAUCUGAGAUUCUUCGUGGGGCAUGCAGCCUGGGACUACGAGCAGCUCCUGAGCGAGAUCAGGGCGGGAUACUGGGCUGUUGCUUCCUGUAGCACGGAGCUGAUCAGUGACGCGGUGUCAACGGACCCGUCUUGCCUCUGGACCAAGAUACUGCAGCUGAUGGGAGGGCAUUACUCGGAGCUCAGCCAGAAACCGAAGCAAGACAGUUCGUAG